AUGAAUGAAAAAUUAGAUCAACAAUAUUUUGAUGUUAAUUUUGAUUUUCAUCAAAAUAAAUAUGAACCAAUUAAAAAUAUUGGUAAUGGUGCAUAUGGUGUUGUAUGUCUUGCACGUCAUUGUAAAACAGGAAUUAAUGUAGCAAUUAAAAAAAUAACUAAUGUAUUUGAACAUUUUCUUAUUGGUAUGAGAACAUAUCGUGAAAUAAAAAUUUUACGUCAUCUUGUUAAUCAUGAAAAUAUUAUAACGAUUCGAGAUGUUUUUCUUGGUUCAAAUAAUAAUCAAGAUGUUUAUAUUGUAUUUGAUUAUAUGGAUACUGAUUUAAAACGUGUACUUGAAUCAAAUCAAACAUUAACAAAUGAUCAUAUUAAAUAUUUUUCUUAUCAAAUAUUAAAUGGUUUAGCUUUUAUUCAUCAAUCUGGAAUUAUUCAUCGUGAUCUUAAACCAUCAAAUAUUCUUCUUAGUCAAACAUGUAAUCUCAAAAUAGCAGAUUUUGGUAUGGCUCGACAAUAUCGUGAUCAUGAUCAAACACAAUAUGUUGUUACACGUUGGUAUCGAGCACCUGAAGUUAUUCUUGGUUAUACUGAAUAUACUCAAGCAAUUGAUCUUUGGUCAAUGGGUUGUAUUUUAGCUGAAAUGUUUGGACGAAAACCAAUAUUUUCUGGUACAAAUACUAUAGCACAAAUUCAAUUAAUUUUUAUUAUACUUGGUACACCAUCAAAAUCUUAUUUAUCUUCACUUCAUAGUGAUUGUUUUCGACGAUUAAUUUUAAGUGUUGGUAAUCGUCAACCAGCUAAUUUUAAAGCUUUGUAUCCGAAUGCAACUGAUGAUGGAAUUGAUUUAUUACGUCAAUUAUUAGUUGUUGAUCCUGAACAAAGAAUAAGUGCAACAAUAGCACUUCAACAUAGUUUUGUUAAUGAAUUUCUAAUUAAAUUAGAUGAUAAUGAUGAUUGUAUGAUAGAAAAUGAUGUUGAAAAAUUUGAUUUUGGUUUUGAAAGUGAAAAAUGGACAUUAAAUCAAUUACAAAAAGCUAUUCAUGAAGAAAUAGAUCAUUUUCAAUUUCGAUCAAUAAAACAAAAUAAUAAUGAAAAAGUAACAACAAAUAUUGAUCCAAUUUUUCCUUCUAAUCAAUCUAUGGAAACUCAUCAUCAUCAUCGAGUAGUCAUUGUUGAUUCAACACCACCUAUAACAUCAACAACAACAAAACUUGAAAUCGAUACAACACGUACACUUGAAAAAAAACGUAAACAUCGACGACGAAAAAAUGAUCAUCAUCAUCAUCAUCAUUAUCAUUCAAAACGUUCUUGUUCAAUGAUUUAUAAUGAUGAACAAACUGGAAGUGGUGAUACUAAUGAUGAAGAACCUAUUCAUCUUUCCUAA